GACCAUCCUGCGUCUGAUCAUCGUACCUGUCACCCGCCUCACUCCUCUCCUCUUCGCAACAUCACAAGGGGAAAAGGAGUCAUGGGUAGGCCACCCAGCAACGGAGGCCCUGCCUUCCGCUUUACUCAGGCUGAGGUUGCAGAAAUGGAAACAAUUUUGCAAGAGCAUAACAAUGCUAUGCCAGCACGUGAUGUUCUCACAGCUCUUGCAGAGAAGUUCAGUGAAUCUCCUGACCGUAGAGGAAAGAUUACUGUGCAGAUGAAGCAAGUUUGGAACUGGUUUCAAAAUAAACGAUAUGCUAUAAGGGCAAAAUCUAGUAAGGCUCCUGGAAAAUUAAGUAUCACUCCUAUGGCUCGAGAUGAGUCAACCCCACUUAGAAGUAUGCCUCAGCCAGUGGCUGCUCCCAUACCUCCUGCUUCAGUUUCAACUGUAAAAAGUGCUCCGGAAAACUCAGCAAUGGAGUUUGAAGCUAAGUCUGGAAGGGAUGGAGCAUGGUACGAUGUUGCAAACUUUCUAUCCCACAGGCAUUUGGAAUCCAGUGAUCCGGAAGUUAUGGUCAGAUUUGCUGGUUUUGGAUCUGAGGAAGAUGAGUGGAUUAAUGUGCGAAAAAAUAUCCGGCCACGCUCUCUGCCAUGUGAAUCAUCAGAAUGUGUGGCAGUUCUCCCAGGGGAUCUCAUACUGUGUUUUCAGGAAGGUAAGGAGCAGGCUCUUUAUUUCGAUGCUCAUGUCCUUGAUGCUCAAAGACGGAGGCAUGAUGUUAGAGGCUGCCGUUGUAGAUUUCUGGUCCGUUAUGAUCAUGAUCAAUCAGAGGAAAUUGUUCCACUUAGGAAGGUUUGUCGUAGGCCCGAGACUGAUUACAGGUUGCAACAACUUCACGCUAUGAAUGAGGCAGCACCUGUGGACCAGCAAAAGACCAGCAUGGACUUAAUGCCUGCUUAUGCUGUCAGGGUAACAAGCUCAGCUGAAACGGUGCCAAAACAGCAGAGUGCAAACAUUGCCAUUGCCCCACAAGUUUUGCAAGCUACUGUUACUUUAGCCCCACAAACUAUGAAUGUGGAUCAGAGAAAAGCUGAAGUAGCCAAUGAUAUGACCGGAGGAAACACUGUUAUCCGCCCAAGUGGUGCUGCAUUUACCACCAGUGUUGUUACCAGCAGUGUUCCCCCCGCUGGUACGGCAUUUCCCAGCAGUGUUCCGCUCAGUGGUACUGCAUUUCCCAGCAAUGUUGUUACAAGCAGUGUUCCAGUAGUUUCGAAUCAGAAUCUGGCCGAAGGAAAAUGAUUUAAGCAAGCAAAUUUUCUUGCGAUCCCUUUUCCUUAACGAAGUUAGAAUUGGAAUGGCUUCAAUUGGCAACGGUGUUGAGUCUUGUGGGGCAUUACACACACACACAGGCAUUUAAAAGUAAGCUUUUGUAGGAAGUGAGGACUAGUAAAAGCGUGUUGGUCACUUUGGAAGGUUGGUUUUAGGUGUGGUUGGAUGAGGUGGUUUAAAUAUGCUAAUAUUUAAAUGAUUGGUUGUGACUUCUAAGUUUAAUGAAUAGGGGUAGGUUAUUCCUUGCUUCUAUUUUAAAACCA